GACGAAGACGUUGGGAGCGAUGGUGAGGAGCACGGCUACGCUGCGCUUGGCUCCGAAGUAGGCAGCGAUGAAGAGGUUGGUACAGACAAGGGGCUUUGUCCUGCGACGGCUGAAGAUGACUGGGGCUGCUGGCAGAGUGGGGCUGCUGAGGCUUCCAGGCCUGCGCAGCCCAUGCAAGCUUGGCAAGACAGAGAAGGUGAGAAGGAAGUCCUGGAAAGCUUUGCGAACUUCGGAUCCUCAAACCCUGCUCUUCCGCUUCCACCCGCUGAGCUGCGGCCGAUCCAGGCAAACUUCCUAACGGAGGAGGAGGUCAAGCUCAUCAAAGAGACCAUGCAGCAGAUCUGCCCGCCUGCACCACCAUGGGCUUCAAAGUUGUCAGACGAGGCGUUCCAACGUAUGAUCAAGGAAUCCCUCUUCUCCUAA